AUGCGUGCAUCCAUGAAGCGACAUGGGACCCCGGCUCAUCACAGAAAACAGCACGCGUCUCGGCUGAAGCGGCGCGUUCUUCUUGUGGUGCUGCUGCUUCUGUUCAUCUUGUGCGGCCCGCUCAUCACGCACCCGCGCCGCCGUGAGACCAGGCGGGGGGGCGCACGGAACAUGCACUUCACCUUGCAAGGGCGCCUGGCAUUUACGCCCGUUGAGCCCACGCAGCCUCUGCAGCAUCAAUACCAACACCAGCAUCACCAGGCAAUGAGUGCUGGAGCAAAGGAAAGUCGUAACGGCGGACAGCACGCGCUAUCUGAAGGAUUGGAGCUUCCCGUAGGUCACCACAACGCGGAAGGCUUGUUUGCCUCGCACACCUGCAAAGCAGCCAACGACAAUGAUGCGAAAGACGGGACAAUCGUGAGGGUGCUGUUUCGUAGAUCCCGUUGUCGCCGUUGGGGCCCUGAAGGGACGCAGGAUGGGGUGGGGACGGAGUGUAACGAGGUCUCUCGUCCCAUCGUUGAGCUCUCACCACGUGCAUCGGCGGCAGCGUACUUUCCGGAGGAGGCGCUCGCCGAUGAGGCAGACGGGUACAAGCGGCCUAGCCAGUUGCGGAGCGUUGUGACAGAAGAAGAAGAAGAAGAA